AUGGUUCUAGGAAGAACGGAUCUUGUCCAGAGUAAAAAAUUGCAGAAUAGAAAAUUACGUGCUAUUAAACAUGAAAUCAGGCAUAAUUCAAAUAUAAGAAUUAAAGAAAUUCCUUCUACUUCGUAUCGGCUAAAUAGAUCUGAAGUUUGUUCUAAUGUCGACUUUCCUUCUUGCUCGUCGGCCGCAGAUGGUAUUGACACCACUCAAACAGUGGAUCAAAAGCCUAUAAAGCUCACGGAUGCCAGUCUUCAUAGUUUCACGACUGUAUGCGAUAGGUACGGAGUAUCAGACAGAGCUGCAUCGGCUAUCGUAUCAUCGGUUCUAUGUUCUGCUUCUGAUGCCGACUCUGAGGCACAGUCUACUAACGUUGUGGACAGGAUGAAACUAAGAAGAAUAAGACAGAAAGUACGCGAGCAAUUUUUAACAAAAGAAAGAGUUAAAGAAAUUCCUGCAUUAUAUUUCGAUGAAAGAAAAGACAAGACGGCUAAAACUGUAUUAAAAGGAUCAAAGAGGUUUAGAGUGAUUGUACAAGAGGAACAUAUUUCGAUUAUAAAAGAAUCAGGUUCUGUUUACGUUGGGUAUGUUGUGCCAGCAUCGGGCAGUGCAAGAAAUAUUGAAAGAGCUAUCCACAGCUUUUUGACGAUUGAAAAGAUAUCACUAGAGAGUAUAUUGGCAGUUGGCUGUGAUGGAACAAACAAAAAUACAGGAAAAGUGGGAGGCGUGAUUCGUCUUUUGGAAAAUAGACUAUCUCGAACAUUGCAAUGGAUAAUUUGUCUCUUACACGCCAAUGAGUUGCCAUUGAGGCAUUUUUUUACCUAUGUGGAUGCCCUAAUCAUUCAGGACCUAAAUCAUUUGCAGGGCAAAUUGGUAAAGCAUUAG